AUGUCACAUUUAAUUCGAUCAUUCGCUUUCCUGCGACGCCCUAUCACUAGAUCGAUACAGCCAUUCUCGAGUAUCAUUCACUUUACUCAUUCCCAGAGCCAUUCUGACGACAAAGCUUCUGAAACUCCUAAGAUUACUCUAGAGGUUCUCUACAAAGAAAUCCGGGAACAGAAGCAAAUGGUCCAGGAACUUCAGCAAUAUCAGCAACAACAGAAACAGAAAGAAUCCCAGCGAAUUCUCGAAGAGGAGCAGCGCCCCUGGCUUUUGAAGUUCUUGAACAAUCACGAAAAUAAGUUCAAGUAG